AUGCUCCCUCCUUCAGACUCCGUCAACCACCAAAGCCUGAAACUGGCUGAGUUUGUCGCCAGUCUCCGCUCUCAGAACAGACUUGCUUCUGUGCCACCACCGCCAUAUACAGUUUCAACCGUCCCUACUCUAACGGACGAUUCACUUGCUGACAUAGUUGACGAUGAAGAUGAAGAAGAGACGCCAUCCAUGGCCCCCAUUAUCAUCAAAAUCGAUACAUCGAUAGAUAUUGAGGGGCAGGGAAAUACCAUCGUCAUUCCCACCUCCAUAGGCAGAUCAACAGCGGAGCAAGCUCCCUCUAUCAUUUUUCCAUCCUCGUCACAAACUAGCGAAAAAUCUCUCCUACAGCAACUUCAAAAACAGCGACAGUUUAAAUCGGCGCAGCUGGCUUCGACUAUCAUCUCUGCGCUGAAAGCGUCGGGUGUUCUAGACGACAGGGAGACGGGUAAACAGCAACCCGUGGAAGUCAAUGUCAGCUCUGGCAUACGCAUUAGAGGUGAUAGAAAUGUUGUAUGCGCUGGUGUUCCGAAGAAGGAGGAGUUGACUCCUGCUGAGAGUGAGGAUGCUUCCCCUGAGAAAGGACCAUCGUCAUUGUCGUCGGAGUGGAAGAGGAAAAGGAGUGCUAGCUCGCAACCUGUCGACAUGCCUUGUGCAAAAAGAAACCUCAGCUUUAAAUGA